AUGGAUGUGCUUGAGCACUCCGAAAAUCUCGCAGACUCCGUACACGUCUUCGACACUGUCUGCCUCUCUGAUAUCAUUCAAGGGCUUCGAACAAUACAACCCGGCCUCCACACGAUACACGCCACGGCGCGUCGGCUGGAGGUUGCGACAGAUCUGCCUGACUUUAUUGACGCACUCUCGAGUCUCCCGGGCAAGCUUAUUUCGUUGGAGCUGAAAAUACUGGAAACCCACCCGGACGAGCAGCCAUCAUGGUUCAAUUUCCAGAAACUAUGUCAUCUCUCGGACUUGGAAGAGCUCGUCAUAACAUCCCCUUGCCCCUUGCCAAUCACUGACGAUGACCUCGCAACCAUGCUGGCGUCCUGGCAACAACUGAGGCGUCUUGUGCUCAAUCCGUACCCACUGGAAGCACUCGAUGCCAUUGCUGCCGGACUGACUUUAAAGAGUCUUGUCCUUGUGGCUGAAAACGGGUUACUGCUUGAGAAGGCGGCGUUCUAUCUGGACACUCGCCGUUGUCCUGUUCAAGGCCCAGGCGUAUCGUCUCAACGGCUCCGAUACUUGGAUCUUGGCAAGUCCCCAGGCCAUUCAGACGUUCCACACAAAGAAAUGGAAGAAGUCGUCCUCUUCAUCCGAUCGUUAUUCCCAGCGGUCCAAAAUUUCAUCUGGCUGUGA